UGGAUUCUUACCUGCAUUUUGAUCUGUAUAACACUAUCCCUCGUUUUGAAUAUUCUAGAGCAUGAUGAUUGGACACCACCUCCGCCUCCUCCGCCAACAGAAGAUUCUCCCUUGCCGCCAGACUUCAGCUGGAAAACUCUGCCUCGACAAUGGCCAUUGAACUCGUCGAUGAUUCCGUUACCGAACGGACCUCCAGCUCAGAUUCCACCUAUCCAAUACAAGUUCGGCAAAGAAACACCAGUAGAAAGAUUCAAGAGACAGAAGAGGCUGGCAGCUGUCAAGAACAGCUUCAAGCACUCCUGGAAUGGAUACAAGAAAAAUGCUUGGCUGCAAGAUGAGGUCAGGCCGCUGUCUGGAGGAUACAAGAACGGAUUUGGAGGUUGGGGAGCAACGCUGGUCGACUCCCUUGAUACUCUCUGGAUCAUGGACAUGAAGAAGGACUUCGCAACUGCCGUUGCGGCCUUGAAACAUCUCGACUUUACCGUCUCGCCCUCGCCGACGAUCAGUGUCUUCGAGACAACCAUUCGCUACGUGGGCGGCCUCUUGAGUGCAUACGACUUGAGCAACGAGAAAUAUCCGAUCUUGUUGGAAAAGGCAAUUGAGCUUGGUGAUAUGCUAUAUGCCUCAUUUGAUACUGCCAACAAUAUGCCUGUGGUUGGGUCCUGGAAUUGGCUGAAUCAGCUGAGCGGUGAUCCGAAAUACUACGACGCGAUCCAGAGAAUCAUGAACGCUUUUGAAGAGUCGCAGAACACCACAAGGCUGCCAGGAAUGUGGCCAGUAUCCUUAAAUGCUCGCAAGUUGGACUUCACCAAUGAUAGAGUGUUCACUCUAGGCGCUAUGGCCGACUCGCUCUAUGAGUAUUUCCCUAAGCAAUAUCUUCUACUCAACGGAAGAGACAAGCAAACCCAGAACAUGUAUCAAAGGAGUAUGGCUGUGGCCAAGGAACAUCUUNUUUACAGACCCCUCAAUCCCGGUAACCAGGACCUCCUCAUUUCCGGCUCCGUGAGACAACUCGGUGCAGGUUACGAGCGAAAGAAUGAGGGACAGCACCUAACUUGCUUCGUCGGAGGUAUGGUUGCAUUGGGUGCCAAAAUUUUCAACACACCAGAAGAUAUCCACACAGCACAGAAGUUGACAGAUGGAUGCGUGUGGGCGUAUCAGCAAACACCGAGUGGAAUGAUGCCCGAGAUAUUUGAGGCUAUUCCUUGCACCGACGAUGCAGAUUGCAAGUGGACAGAAGAGAGAUGGUACAAAGGUCUUGUAAUGGCUGUCCAUCGAGUCAUCGACACCAGCACCCGAUCUCUCAAAGAACAAGCCCAGCAGAUCAUUGCGAGAGGAAGACUUCCGCUUGGAUUCGCGAAGGUUGUCGACUCUCGCUACUACCUCCGCCCGGAGGCCAUCGAAUCUGUGUUCUACAUGUAUCGCAUCACAGGUGACAAGGCGUGGCAAGACAAGGCAUGGCAGAUGUUCCAAGCCAUUGAUUCGCACGCAAAAACGGAUAUUGCGUAUGCCGUCGUUCAAGAUGUGCGAGACGAGCAGUCACAACUCACCGAUACUAUGGAAAGCUUCUGGACUGGUGAGACACUGAAGUAUUUCUAUCUCAUCUUCAGCGAUCCAGACCUUGUCAACCUAGACUCCUGGGUUUUGAACACCGAAGCUCAUCCUCUGCGCAGGCCGCAGAAU